GGUUGACAAUACUGCAUGAACGUAUAUCAUGAUUUUGACGUAAGGUGCUGACUACGCAUUUUGACUUUUUAGUUUUGUCAAAUCUAAAGAGUAUAAUAUUACGGGUAACUUACUAAAUAGUAAAUAGUAUACUUUACGAAACAGUGAUCAUAUUCAAAAUAAUUUAUACAUUCGGAGUACGUGUGGAACUUGUAUCGAUGGCUCAUGGCAAUGGACACAUAGCGACACAGCCUCUACUUUAUUACUAGCAUAAUUUAAUAUCACAUCCAAAUAUAUCAUAAUGGACAAUUCAGACGGAAAGGGUGCAAGUGAUACUCCUAAAAGAAAUCCUUUUGAUGAUUUAAACAGAGAUGAUUUAAUUAUUAAAUGCAAAGGUCUCCUAGCUAUAGCACAGAAAGCCAAGCAAGCAAAAUCAGAGUGCCAGAUAGAACUUGAUAAAAUUAAGAAAAAAGAACAUGAUUUUGAAAAUGAAAAGAAAGGAUUAUUAAACAACAUUAAAACAUUAGAGGAGCUGGUAGAUUCCCUUACAGAACAAAAACUUAAUUACAUAACGGAAAUAGAUGUAGCUCAGAAUAAAAUUAAAACUUAUGAAGAUAAGUUAAAUAUUUAUGAUGAAGAAAUUAAAAAACAUAAAGCAGAUGUUAUAAUAAGAGAUCAAAAACUAGCAAAUGUUUUACAAAAACUUUCAGAUGUGGAUAGUGAAAUAACUUCACUCAAAAGACAAAACAACCGUCUCAUGGAAGAGAAUGAACAACUAAUCAGUCAAUUGACUGAAAUGGAAUCUAGAACUGUAGAAUUUAAUGAUAUUGGGCUGCAGCAAAGGGAACAACUGCAACUUUUAGAACAAAAAGUUCAAGAUGAGACAGUUUUUAAAAUCCAACUAGAGGAAUUAAGCAAUAAAAUUAUGACACUAGAGUCUAAUUUAAGUAAAAUAACAACAGAAAAGAAUGAUUUGCAAAAUGAGAACAUGAAAAAUAGAAAUAAAAUAGAGGAAUUAUCAAAUUUAUAUGAAGGUGAAAAGUCUAAAAAAGAAAAAGCAAAUAUAAAGUUAAAAAGUUAUAGGGACAAAAUUCUAAAAUGUGCAUCAUGUAUAAAUCAACUUAAGAAUUCAAGGUUCAUUUUAACUAAAACUGUUAAUGAAUAUUCAGAAAACAUACCUAAGUGGCAAAAUGAAAUAAUAAAAGCAUCUAAAAUACUUGAUGAUCAAAUGAAUGUUUUAAAUAAAGAAAACUUAUCACUUAAGGAAAGAAUAGACAAAUUAGAAAAACAAUUAACUGAAGUGAACAUGCACAAUAAGAACGCAAGUCAGGUGUUAGAAGAAAAUAUUGUACUGGAAAAUAAUAAUCUUGCACUGAAAAAUGAUAUAUCUAAUUUGAAACAACAACUUAAAGACUCCCUCGAUACUAAAAUAAAAAUUGAAAACGACCUAAGAACAUUAAAUAAAAAUAGAGACAUUGAAAUUAGUGAAAAAAUAAAAGAAAAUGACAUGUUAAAACAUGAAAUUAAUACUAAAGUCAAAGAAUUAUAUGAUAUUCAAAAGGAAAUGACCGAGAUUACUUUACAAAUAGAAAAUUUGAAAUCAGAAAAUGAGACAUUAAAAAGUAAUGAAGAUAAGAAUACAAAGGAAAAUCUGAUUUUGCAACUGAAAGCUCUCGAAAGUGAGAAAUCUAUUCUUGUGAAAGAAAAAUUAACUGCAAAAGACAAUAUCAUUGAAUUGGAAAAUCAAAAUAAAUUGCUGUCGAAUGAAAAUGACAAAAUCAAAGCAGACUUUGAAAUUGUAAAGCUUCAGUUAGAAAGUGUGUGUAAAGAUAAUGAAAAUUUAAAACUUCAAACCUAUACAGAAAGAGAUGAAAAACUUAAAGAAUUUGAAAAUAACAUAGCUAUUCUGAAUGAUCAGAAUACAAAACUUAAGAAAGAAUUUGAAAUCUUACAAGAUGAAAAUGGGCUUUUAAGAGAAGAAGUAGAGACUCUAAAAUUGUCACUAGAGCAGCCUAAAGAUAAUGUCGAAAAUUUAUCUGAUUUAAAUGUAUCUCUGCAAGCUGACUUAGCAAAGUUAGAAACAAAACUAUCAAACUAUAAACAAGAAAACUCUUCCUUAUUAAUUGAAUUAAAAGAAUGUCGAGGAAAAGUAAAAGAAUAUGAUAAUAUAGUAGUUGAGUAUGAAGAUAUCAAAACAAAAUUAUUAGGCUAUAAGACAGAAAAUAAUGAAUUGUUAAAUGAAAUGAAAGAAAUUAAUCAAGUGUUAAAGGAAAGAGGUGAGGCAAUUUCAAAAUUACAAAAAGCUAUUUCUGAAAUGGAGCAUCUCAUUGAAACACUUGAAAAAGAUAGAGAUGAGAAAAAUGAGAAGAAUGUUGAAUUACUAGACAGAAUUACUGUAUUGGAAAGUUAUCUGAAAAGCUCAGAAGAUAAUACAAACAAGAGCAAGGAAGAUAAUGAGAAACUUAUUACAGAAAGAGACACCACUCUGUCAUUAUUAAAAGAGAAAGAAUCAUUAAUAGUUACUUUAAAGGAGGAACUUGAGAGGUUGAAAACAAAUUAUUGUAAUGUAUCUGAAUUACCAAAUGAAGAUAUGUCUACUUCAACUAUAUCCAAAGCUGAGGAACAUUCUCGAAUGAAGGAUUUAGAUGAGACAUUUGAAGACAAAUAUACAAAAUUAAGAAUAUUUGCUUUAAAAUUGAAAAAGAAGUUAAAUGAAACUACUACACAGUUACAAAAUUCGGAACAAGAGAAGUUGAAACUCAAAAAGAUGCUAGAUGACAAAAACACAGAAAAUAAAACGAAAAGUAUGGAUGAGGUUGAUAGUAGUACUAAUCCCGAUAACGAAAAAUCUAAAGCUGAAAUUAUGAAUCUUGAAUCAAAAAUAAGAUCUCUUACAUCAGCAAUAGAAAAUUUAGAAGUGGAAAAAUCACAAUUAAAUGAACAAUUAGCGACGGAAAAGAGUUCACAUAAAUCUACAAAGGAGCAAUUAGAAAAGGCCAUGAGAGAUGUUAAGAAAAAGAAUGUUUUAAGUUUGGAAAUGGAAGACUAUGAAAAAUCAAUGAAGGAACUUACAACUAAGAUGGAAGAAAAGAAAAAUAAAAUUGUGCAAAUGGAGUCUACAAUUGAUGUGCAUGAAAGUACUAUAACUGCCAUGAAAACUCAAAUAAAAUUACUUGAAGAACAAAUUAAGACGGAUGAAACUCAGAACCGAGUUCUUAAAGAAGAAGUACAGCACAGUUUACAGGAAAGCAAAGAAAAAGAUAAUGUUAUUAGCACCAAAAAUAAUAUCAUAUCUAAAUUAAUGCAAGAGCUCGAAGACGAAAAGCGAAAAAAUGAAGAAGCAGACUUAGAAAUGACUUCUCUUCUCAGUGAAAAGGAGAAAAUAAUUAUGAGUUUUGGAGAAGAAAGAAUUGAACUUAAUAAUAAAAUGAAGAAAUUAGAGUUCAAAUGUGCAGAAACUAAUGAAAAUUUGAGGAUUACUUCUAUGGAGUUAGCAGAUUUAAAAACAGAGUAUACAAGUUAUAAGGUGAGAGCUCAAGCAGUGUUACGGCAAAAUCAAACAAUUGACCACAGCCAAGAAGAACAACUGAAAGAGGAAACUGCUGCACUGAAAGCGCAGACUGAAAGCUUAAGCCUUAAAUUGAAUACCCUGCAAGAAAAAUAUUCCGAACAAAGUGCGGAAUUGGAAGCGGCGCGUAAACGUGUGGCUGAGGCGAGCUUGGAUGCUUCUCGAGCUCAACAGAGAACAACAAGAUUGCAAACCGAUCUUACAAGACUCUCGCAACAGUUGGAAUCGGAGAGAGCACAACAUAAACUUCAAAUUUCAACAUUAACUCAAUGUUAUAAGUCUCAAAUAACAGAUUUGGAGGUGAAACUCCAAAAGGAAACAGAAAAUUUGCGAAAACAGCUUGCGACUGUACAAGAGUCUGUCAAAACUGGCCGAUUUGAAGAAGAUUUAAAUCGCGAUAAGUAUACUAUACCAGUGAUACCUAAAGAAGAUACGAGUGACACUGAAAUGGAUAUCAAUGUGUCUAUGAUACCUCGGGAGGAGGGAGAAGGUUCGGAAUCAGCCCCAUCACCUCCAUUAUCGAAGUCAUUCCUAUCUGGGGGUAGUCGGCGCUCACCGGUUCCAUUGGAAAGGUUGCUAGAGGAAGGCGUCGCUGAGGACGACACACUUGACACUUCGUCACUUGCACUCACACCUGAACAGGAGAUCACGGAUUUAAAGCGGAAAGUACUUACAUUACAGCAAAGGGUAAAACAUGUGACGGUAUUACUAGCGGAGUCGGAGCGGGAAUGCGCCCGAAUGUCGCAGCUAAGCGAUCUGCUCAAGUCGGAGUUGCGGCGCGUGCGCGGGUCGUCGCAGAAUGCGCACAACACGGAGUAUAUGAAGAACGUCACUUUGAAGUUUUUAACACUGCCACCGGGAGAUGAGCGAAGCCGGCUCGUUCCUGUCUUGCAAAAGAUUCUUACACUCUCCUCCGAAGAAAUGCAAAAAAUACAAGCUGUUGCCAAGGGACACGAUCCAAAUCCAAGCAAGAGUUGGGGCAGUUACUUACCAUGGCCAGGUGGCAAAUAAAGGACCUUGCAUUCCAGAAAAGCAAUAAAAUUAUCUGUGAUGAAAUAUAUUAAUUGGCUCUUACAUAAAUAUUUUAAUGGGAAAUUUUGUAACAUUUUUAUAAUUACAUCAAUUAAUUUGUAUAAUGACAUGUAAUUAGUACUAUAAUUAUAAAUUAUACAGGAUUAUUAUAAGCUUAAUUUGAAAUACAUUUAUUUAAUAAAUACUAGUUUAGUGUUAAUUGCAAUGUUAUAUUUAGUAUGGGUCUUUAAUAUGACAGAAAUCUUUAUUUAAAAUAUAGUAAUAGACUUACAUAUUUGAUCGUACAUACACAUUAAAAUUAAUAUUAAAAAUGUACAACAGGUUGACAAAGCAUAAAAUGUAACAUGGUUGUACAAACUAUGGUGUUGAUUUGUUUAUUUCUAUACUUUAAUAUGUUAGCCGCUUGUUCCUACUCCACCCGGUCGACCCGGGAUAAAAUCAAAAUCAAAUAAAGCAUGUCACUCAGAAAUAUUGUAGCUUUUUGCUAGUCAAAGAAUUCGAAGCUAAUACGUUUCAAACAAACAAACAGACAAUCGAGUAUUUAUUCUUUAUAAUAUUAGUGUUACUUAGCUGAUUGUAAUAAUAUAGUUU